AUGCUCCUCCUUAUCCUGCUGGCUCUCUCGGUCCCCAGCACCUCGCCUUCCUCGGACUCUGACACUAAAGAUAUCUGCUCCGUCUGCUCCUGCACCACAGUCGAGCACAUCCUCUACAUCUCCUGUGAGAAGGGCAGUAUGUACAGACCCAAUCAGCUCAAACCGCCGCUUGCUAGCUUCUACCAUCUCAAUUUGCAGAAUAACCUGCUGGUCACCUUGCUCCCUUACUCCUUCAGUAAUUUCACCAACGCAAUUUCGCUGCAACUGGGGAAUAACAAGCUGCAGGAAAUCCAGGCGGGGGCUUUCCGGGGGCUCAGCAGCCUCAAACAGUUACAUCUUAACAACAACGAGUUGCAGAUGCUGCAAGCGGACAUGUUCCAGGGUCUAGAGAACUUGGAAUACCUCCAGACCGACUACAAUCUCAUCAAGUUCAUCGAGCGCGGGACUUUUAACAAGAUGCACAGGCUCAAAGUCCUGAUCCUGAACGACAACUUAAUCUCGUCCCUCCCCGACAACAUCUUCCGCUUUGCCUCCCUCACGCAUUUGGACCUCCGCGGGAACAGGUUGCAGAACAUUCCUUACAUUGGGGUCCUAGAGCACAUUGGCAGGAUAGUUCAGUUCCAGCUGGAGGACAAUCCUUGGAAUUGCUCGUGCGAUUUGUUGUCCCUCACCACCUGGCUGGAGAACAUGCCAUACCACCUGCAAAUUGGUGACGCCAAGUGUGAGAUGCCCACCAAUUUGUACGGGAAAUUGCUCAAAGAGACGACCAAAAUGGACCUGUGCCCCGAGGAAGGGGACAGUCAGUUUGACUCAAGUCUGACCCCACCUUUGCAGUUGGUUCCCCGGGUCACUCGCCGACCCAUGUCCGCCCCCAGGUCUCCCACCAAGGCCCCCAAGACCCCCAAGGCCGCCAUGGCCACCAGCUCGCCCAGGAGGUCCCAGUCGGGAAUCGUUUCCGGCAAAUUUCUCUCCAGCAGCCGCAACUACAGCCAAAUCGCCUCCUUCCAAACCAGGGCACCCCCGCACGUCCCGUGCCCAGCUCGGUGUGUUUGCCAAAGCGACUCGUCAGAUUUGGGUAUGAGUGUUUACUGCCAAGAGAGGGGCAUAGAGAGUGUGUCGCUCCUACUCCCCAAACCUCCCAGUACGAGCAAGUUGCUUCUGAACGGCAAUUACAUCAGGGAUAUCGAGAUCUCUGAUUUUGGGGGUUAUGAAGGGUUGGAUCUGCUCAAUUUGGGUAACAACAAAAUCACUGCCAUUCCAAAGGGUGUGCUGAGUAACCUGACCAAUUUGCGGAGAUUGUUUCUGAAUGGGAACCAGAUAGAAAGACUGUGCCAGGACAUGUUCCUUGGUCUCCAAAACCUCCAGUACCUGUACCUUCAAUACAACGUGAUCAAGGAAGUGCUGGCGGGGACCUUCGAUUCGAUGUCAAACCUGCAGCUGCUGUACCUGAAUAACAAUUUGCUGAAAGGUUUGCCAGCCUUGGCUUUCGCCGGAGUGCCGCUGGCCCGGCUGAACUUGAAAAACAACCACUUCAUGUACCUCCCGGUGAGCGGGGUGUUGGACCAGCUCCGAUCACUCACCCAGAUCGACCUGGAGGGCAACCCUUGGGAUUGCACCUGCGACCUGGUGGCCUUGAAGUUGUGGGUGGAGAAACUCAGCCAGGCCACCCAGGUGAAGGAGGUGAGGUGCGAGACCCCGGUGAAAUUUGCAAGCGUGGAUCUGAGGACCUUGAAGAGUGAAGUCCUGUGCCCUCGGCUCCUGAACAAGCCACCCCCGGUCAGCCCCAGCUUUAGGCCCACGAGCAGGUCCGAAGCCACCCCUCUCAACCUGAGCAAGAGCUCGCCUAGCGGCCCAGUCCCCCUCUCAAUCCUCAUUCUCAGCAUCCUGGUGGUCUUAAUCCUCACGGUCUUCGUGGCGUUUUGCCUCCUGGUGUUCGUCCUGCAACGGCACAAGAAGAGCAAUGCCAAACACGAAGCGGUUGGAAACCAGGAGUGCAGCUCCAUGCAGCUCCACCUGAAGAACGAGCACCCCUCCCACAGGGGCGACAGCCUGGCUUUGAGCGCCGGCGAGAAGUUCAUCCCGCAGACCAUCGAGCAGAUGAGUAAGACCUACUCGGGCAGCCCGAGGAACACCGAGCAAGGCAUCCCGUUUGCCGACCCCCAGGGACAGACCAUUUUCUUAAGGAACGCGAGCGAGAAAGAGAAAGACACCUUGCGCCCCGACACCAAAAAGAGACUGAGCACCAUCGACGAACUGGACGAGUUGCUCCCGGCGAGAGACCCUCAUUUGUUUUACCGGAACAUGAUAGAGGGUAAACAGGAGAUUAACAGCAUCGGCAUCGGUGGCUUCGAAUUACAGUACCCCGAGAAGCAGCCGGAGGGAAAAAAACUAAAGAAAUCUCUCUUGGGGGGUAGUCAUUCCAAAAUGCUGGUGGAACAACGAAAGGGGGAGUAUUUCGAACUCAAAGCGAAACUUCAGGGGUCCCCAGAUUACCUGCAAGUACUUGAAGAACAAACAGCUUUGAGUCAGUUGUAG